AUCUUUAUCCUCUUCCUCUCGCUUCUUAUCUUUAUCUGUGCUAUCUUGAGCCAGAUCUUCCCCUCGUUUCUUCCUCUCUCUGCCCUCUUUUUUUCUUUUUUCCACUAGUAAUCUUCCUUGGCCAGGGUUGAUUCCUGCUCGGUCUCUUCUUGAAGCUCAUUGUCUUUCAAGAUGAAUGGCGAGAUCCCGUCCAUUGCCGUCUUCACCUCGUCGCGAGCCGUCAUCGGCGGCCGUCUGACCUCCGCCACGAUUGUCGUCUCGCGUACUACUGGCAAGGUCACUGCUGUUUUCGACUCGGUCAUCCCCGCCUCCGACUUUCCUGACGGCACUCCCUACACGGACUUCUCCCCGUACGUAUUGCUUCCUGGCCUGGUAGAUGCUCAUGUCCACCUCAAUGAACCCGGCCGCACCGAAUGGGAGGGCUUCUAUACAGGCACCCAGGCCGCUGCCUUUGGCGGUGUCACCACCGUCAUCGACAUGCCUUUGAACGCCAUUCCUCCCACGACAACUGUAGAGAACUUCAAGUUGAAGCUCAAGGCCGCCGAGGGCAAGUGUUGGGUUGAUGUCGGCUUUUACGGCGGCAUCAUCCCCGGCAACGCAGGCGAGCUCAAGGCUCUAGUCCGCGAAGGUGUUCGUGGCUUCAAAGGAUUCCUUAUCGACAGUGGGGUUGACGAAUUCCCCGCCGUCUCAUCAGAAGACGUCCGCAAGGCCAUGGCCGAACUGGCCGAUGAGCCAACCACGCUCAUGUUCCACGCCGAGAUGGUUCCCCCCAAGACACCGUCAGAACUCCCCGAAGUCAUGCCUGAGGGUGCUCCAGAGGCCUACUCGACUUUCCUGGCCUCUCGUCCCUCAGAAUACGAGCUUUGUGCAGUAGAGGAGAUCCUUUCGUUGUCCCACCUAGCUCCCAAGCUCCCCUUGCACAUCGUACAUCUAUCUGCCAUGGAGGCCAUCCCACUCCUGCGCAAGGCCCGUGCCGAGGGUGUUCCCAUUACAGCCGAAACCUGCUACCAUUACCUCUCCCUUGCAGCCGAGGAGAUUCGUGAUGGCGACACCCGGCACAAAUGCUGCCCGCCCAUCCGUUCCAAGUCCAACCAAGACGCUCUCUGGGCCGAACUUGACCGCCACGCCGAGGAUGGCGUCAUCAAGACCAUUGUCUCCGACCAUUCCCCUUGCACACCAGACCUCAAGCUUCUCCCCUCCCAUAUCCCGGGCAACUGCAGCCAUGGCUCGUCAAAGCAUGCCAACACAACACCUGUCGUUAACGAAGGCAGCUUCCUCUCCGCUUGGGGCGGCAUCUCCUCCGUCGGCCUGGGCCUGCCCAUCCUCUGGACCGAACUCUCCCGCCGCAAGGGCCUGACUUCCUCACCAGACGACACAACAACCAAACAAGCUCUCCAGGAUAUCGUCCAUCUUUGCUGCGCCAACACCGCGGCCCAGGUUGGGCUGCAUAAAUCCAAGGGCGACCUUGUCCCCGGAUACGACGCGGACUUUUGUGUCUUUGACGACACAGCGGAGUGGGAAGUUGAGCCGAGUACCAUGCUCUUCCGUAACAAAUGCUCGCCGUACCAGGGACGGACGAUGCGCGGGAUGGUCCGGGAAACGUGGCUGCGCGGUGAGAAGAUCUUCAACAGGGAUGACGGAUUCACUGUCAAGGCGCCUUCCGGGUCACUGCUCCUGGAGAAAAGGGUUUGA